CUGAGGGUGCAGAAGAGCGGAUACGGAGGACACGGACACGGCGGCGAGGAACAAUUUGCUGCGACGCGGGCGAGUUCAAUUGGUCAAUGGUGCCGGGUAAAAGCCUGGUGACACCCGGUGAGCGAUAGGAUAAAGGACCGUAAAAUACCCUUUGCCCUUUCCUUGUUUCCUUCUCUCCUCACCAAUCCUCCGACCCAGCUCAUCGCUCCUACCUAGCUACCAGCUACCCGAUUGCUCCUCGGUGCCGCUUGUAUUGAGUUCAACCCCCACGCAGCGCGCAUCGUCGACCUUAGCUCUCUCCAACAGAGGCCCAUCCCCACCUUAUCACCACCACACACAUCAUCGCUGCAAUGGCUCCCUCUAUCAACGGUACUGCAGGCGCUACCAUCACGGCUGGCGAAGCUCCCUCCAACGGCGCUACCAUGGCCGAGCCCAACACCCACAACGCGCUGCGCUUCGACACGCUCGCUACCCACAACACCGAGCCUGAGGCCCCUACUGGUGCCAUUGUCCCCAGCAUCUGCCUCGCUACCGCCUUCCAGCAGGAGGAGGUCGGUGUCGCUGGCGGCCACACGUACACCCGCUUCGGCAACCCGAACCGUAACUCUCUCGAGGCAAACCUCGCCGCCCUCGAAGGAGCAAAGACGGCCAUCUGCUUCUCCUCGGGAACUGCCGUCACCACUGCCCUGGUCAACAUGGUGCCCCGCGGUGGACACAUCGUCUCCGUCUCGAGCGUGUACGGUGGUACCCACAAGAUCUUCACGCAGAUCAUCAACAAGACCAACGAGAUCGGCACCACCUUUGUCGACCUGAGCCACAAGGACGAGAACGUCGUCGCCCAGCGCCUCGAGGAGGCCAUCGGCAAGGGUCAGACGAAGCUCGUCUGGCUCGAGACGCCCACCAACCCGGACCUCAGCCUGGUCGACAUUGCCCUCGUCUCCCGUGUCGCCAAGCGCAUCGACCCCAGCAUCGUCGUCGUCGUUGACUCGACCUUCGCCUCUCCUUGGUUCCAGAACCCCCUCUCCUUGGGCGCCGACGUCGUCAUGCACUCCCUCACCAAGUACCUCAACGGCCACUCCGAUGUCCUCAUGGGCGCCGCAGUCACGUCGUCCGACGACUUGGCCACUCACCUCCGCCUCCACCAGGCUGCUCUUGGUGCCGUCCCUUCGCCCUUUGACUGCUGGCUCGCCAUGCGCGGUAUCAAGACUCUCGGUGUCCGCAUGAGGGAGCACGGCCGCAAUGCCCUCAAGCUGGCAAAGUGGAUGCAGGCUCACCCCUACAUCAAGGACGUCAUCUACCCUGGUCUGCCCGAGCACCCGUCCUUCGACCUCGUUGCUAAGCAGAUCAGCCCCAAGGCCAUGCAGGCCCAGCAGCCCCGCAACAUCGCUCAGGACGGCAUCGAGUACUCGGGUAUGCUCUCCUUCCGCCUGAACUGCGAUGCGACGGACAAGGAGCCUGGAGCGGCCCUCCUCAAGAGGCUCGAGGUCAUCACCCUCGCCCUCUCCCUCGGUGGUGUCGAGUCACUCAUUGAGCAGCCCUCGACGAUGACCCACUGGAUGGUCCCCGAGGCUGAGCGCCUCCAGCUCGGCAUCGGCCACGACCUCAUCCGCCUGUCAGUCGGUCUCGAGGACGUCGAGGACCUCAUGGAGGACCUUGACCGUGCCCUCCAGGCCGUCUUCGGCGGUGCGGCCGGCAAGAAGAUGAAGAUGAGCGCUUAGGCGUUCGUGGUACCAGCGUCACCUUAUCAUCACCACGAACCUCCCGGGUCGGCUCACUCUCAACGCUCGUGAGCCCUCUCAUCCCCUAUCAUACUCUCAGCAUACACACACACAUCAUCAACAACACAACUGCAAGGCUCCGUACUCGGCUUCGUCGUUCUUAACUCGAGAAAGGCCCCCUCGUCAAUACCGCGCGCGUAGCAUCAACUCCUGCGCACACACUCUCAACGCUGUGUGUUCUGAGCCCGACUCUCAACGCUGUACGGACUCAAACUUCUUGUCCUUUUGCUCCGCUCGUGACUUUUUCUUUUUAUCUGUAAUUUUACAUUGAUGAGGGGUAACUCCGCACCCUUGUGAAUAUUGUGUCA